AUGUUUGCUGUUAUAUUUCCUAAUCAAAGACACGAACCCUGCUUUGUUAAAUCCCCAAAUAUUGUUAAUUUAGAAUCUAAAAAAGGUGGAGGUUUUCCUGGAUUCGUAGUUUGUCCUGGUGCCUUAAGUCCUGCUUUCAUAAAUAAAUUAAAUAAUACGGAAGUACCACAAGCGGAACCACAAUUUUCAAUAACAUGUGGGAGAUACAAAAAGAUGGGACCCGAAAUAUUAUCAGAAAUCAUGGAUUCAAAGUGCAGUUCUCUCAUUUUACCAGAAGAAGAUGGUUGUUUAAAAAUCCCUGCUGAAGAUAUAACCGUAUAUGAAGAAGUUAGUUGUAGUUAUGAUAAUGCUAAUUAUAAUGGUAAUAAUGAGGAUAAUGCAAAUAUUAAUGAUUCAUUUCAAGAUCCAAAAGUAAUUGAAUAUUCAAUUUUAAUUCAUAGAGUUUUUAGUACUAAUUUAAUGGGUCAAUUAGAUAUACGUCCAGAUGUAUUUUCGAUGGAAAUUAAAGUUGAUACUUGUUCAAUACCAUUAAGAAGACAAUCAUCGGAUGAGACUCAACUUGUAAUAGUACCAAAAAAUUCUCAUUAUUUUCGUACAGAAAUUGAAAAGUAUGAAUAUCAAACCAUAUCUCUUGUUUCUAAUUUGGGUGGGUUUUACGGUUUUAUUGUAACCGUUUAUAUAGCAUUAUUUGGAACAAGUUUGGAAGAUCGUUUACAAAUCUUAGAAUAUUUAUUAAAAGAUUAUUAUCUUGAUACUUAUUAUUUAGAUAAAUUAAAAUUAACAAAAGUGUUAAAAAAGAAGGAACGAGAACGUAAACGUACUGUUAAAAGAUGGAGUAAUUGGUCAAGAAAAUUUGGUUUUAGCAGUAAACCUCCUAAAAAUACUGAUGAUAAUGUAGGUAUGAAUUCAGUUGAUUCAGUUACUUCAUCGAUCCCUUCUCCGAAAAAAUCUCGUUGGAGUGAUUUGAGUAUUAUGAAUUAUUUUACUACUAUUGAUACUAUUGAUGAAGAAAUUGGUAUACCUUCUACAAGUACGCAGAGUACAAGUACUACAAAUACUACUCCUACCACAAAUCCUACUUCUAUAACAGACUUCACUUCCACUACAAUCACUAAACCCAGACCAUUUAGAUUUGUUGUCAAUGAUUGUCGUGAUUCCCAGGAUACUUUGGUUGAAAUUAUUAAGGUUGAUAAAAGACAAGUUUACUUUUGA